AUGGCCACCAUGCCAUCCCGAAUGGCUCACGCUCUAGAAGUUUGCGAGCAGCUCCUCCUCUAUGGGGCUACGGCGAGUGGACAUUUUGAUGCAAAUGGGCUGGACUCGUGGAUGUUAGCGGUGUCUAUCGAUGGGUACGCCGGGGAGAGAGCCACCACCUUACUCCUGGACUGCCAUAAGAAGAAUCAUAACCAGAUUGGCAUUCAGGAAGGCCAAGUAAAUUAUCCAGAGCUCUUUCAGCGAUGGCAGCAACAUAACUUCGGUCUAUCCCUUAACGUCAUGUCGAUGCUAUCCAUGCCGCGCUUCAAAAUGCGAUCUGUCACACUUUCAAACGACAGCAUGUAUACAUUAAUUCAUCAGACCGAUACGAGUUCACUACUGAUGAAAAGGGAAGGUAGCAUCCCAGGGUGUAAUCCUCUCGGCUUUUCAAAACCUGAAAAGCAUUUGUUACCUGUAAAAUCCCAUACAGUGCAGACGACAGGGACCGCUCCUCUUGGUAUGUCCCAAGAUUUUCAAUCAAAUUUAGAGUCCAAACCAAAUGCCAAGACAAUGGUGUUCUCGCCCUUAGGUUCGAAAUUAUUCAACAGUAACGAAAGUCAGUUAAAAAACCUGGUGACCGCGUCUGAGCUUGGGGAUACCGUUUGCACCCCCAACAAUCCCUAUGAGGAUCUGAAUUUGCAGCAUUACUAUCACGUUAUGCUUCUUUUUAUUACCGCCGAACACAACCCGUCUCAGCUCAAAAACAUACUCAAAGAAAUCAAACGUGUUCGGAGUACAAAAGGCUAUAAUGCCAUACCAAUUGUUCAUCCAAUCACACAAGACACUUUACUUACUUUUAUUCUAAAGAAGGCUUACCGUCAUUCGCUUUUUUUGAGCCGCGGCUUGCAGCAACACCGAAGUCAAAACCAAACGAACACCCAAGAGGGUGAACCAUCUAUUCUCGAUAAAAGCCUAUCAUUCCUCUCAGAAAGCUUCAAGUCUCAGAAGGGUCUGACGCAGGGCGCGUCGAGCGACUGUCUGCCUCAAGCGCCGCCGCACACCCUUUCACUGCACUCCGUGCAGCCCCUUCUGAGGGUUACGAUGACCAUUAUCAAUCUCAUGGAAACUCAUGAAUUGUAUCACAAUGCCGGCGACGGUGAAACUGCUUUAUCUCUUGCCGCGCUAAUCGGAUACAUGUCUCUUGUCCGACAGCUUGUUCUUGUGAGGCCUCUUUGCGCCGAAUCGUCCAAGUGGUAUCCAGAUUCAGCUUCUCUGAAGAAAGCCGUAAAUCCAGAAGUGGGAGAAGGCGAACAUCUGUCAACACAAACUGAAGGAGAAUCAAACCUUUCCAUCCAUCAGUACAUCAGACAAUUGUUAAUAAGUAACCUGUCUCACUCCAGUGUGUGUUCCAAUAUUGCGACGCGCUUGUACUUUGACGAGUCGGAUGGUGAGAUACUAUUCACUAUUUUAAGCUGUAUCCCAACGGAGGCAGGAGAAGGAGAUCUUAUCAACUUUUUGACCAUGGUGUAUGCUAACCUGCAUCCCAUUAUUGGGCUUCAACUUGCCGCAAACUAUACGCCAUACGUAAAAUAUUUUCUCACCGCGCCAGCGUGCAUGAAUGCUUUCUGGGUAAACCUGUUGUACGCACAGUACGCAGGGCGAUUGGGUGAACUUGGCAUCACUACUGCGAAGUGGGAUCUCCUGAUCCAUACACUCCUCCCUGGUGCGCCUGCAGUCGCAGUGUAUCUCAUCCAAAAGAAGUCCCCGGUGCUUGAAAACCCAAUGAAUACUAUCCAGGGCACUUUACAGGGAGAACAACAUCACUUUGAGGGGGGGGUAGAGACAGCAAAGAGUCCUGUAUUCCCAUCGAAGUACCUAAAAGGCAGUUGCAAUAAGAAAUCAGCCAUGCUGACCAGGGGAAAGAGAUUAAAUAGUGUACCUUUGAACCCGUGGAAGUAUAUUUCCUCCCGUAUAAGUCUUUUGCUGCAGAUGAUGGCACUCACCGCAGCUGAUACACUCCUUGUGAAACCCACAACAAGACGCUCUUUAUCAAAGUUCACAGUCCCGACAGAGGUGGCAACACCCCCACUUUCAGCCAACAACUCCAAGACUCAUUAUCAUUCUUAUGAAAAAGAUCCGACUUCGCACUCGAGUACCGCUCCACAGGCCCAGAACAGCCCAAAGAAAGGUUUACGGGCUAACGCGCGCGACCUUGCUCCUCAGGCACCUUCUCUGCAGAGAAACGAAUCCGCCAAGGGAGGAAUCUCCUUUGGUCAGCAGUCUGGAGUGGGUGGAAAUGUCGAAAACGUCUCCGCCUGCGGUUGGGCGAACACGUUGCUUGGGGAUGUUGCGGAGCUGGCUGUCCGCUACGACAAUGUAGAUGUCUUUCUGGACCUCGUACGGCUGCGUAUUCCACAGCAAACUAAGAAAAUGCUGUCAAAACAACGGACACAGGAUCAGUCCCAAGUAGGAUCUAGACAAGGCAGACACGGUAAUGACGGCGCUUCAACAAGUGUCCCUCGUUCACUAUUUUCUGAACCUUGGUUUAUCGAGUCACUGACCGCAGCCUCAGCCUACUGCCCCUCGCUUGCGACUAUACACAGCACCUAUCAACUAAAUAAUGUCCUAGACAAGCUUCAAGCUGCACUUUGGCGUGAUAUUAUAGAGGAUAAGCACAUUGAUAUACUGGCAGCCGCUGCCGGGAGUAUAAACCUCUUACAGUAUUUAUAUGACUGUCAUGAAAAAGAAGAUGUAGAAGAAGACAAGUGUGUUGCAGUGUUCCGACAGUAUAUAUCGCCUUUGCGGUACGACCGUAUCGAUAUGUUGACCGGUCUCCCUGAGGGAAUUCCGCCGAGCCCGAGCAAAUUAAUGGAAACUAGCCCACGGGUAGGCGCAAAUGCCACUUUCCCGAUCACAGUUUCGACUUUAAAUACCUCCCCGAAGACAGUGGAGCCACCACAUCGUUCCGAUAUAUUGAGUAACACCUCAUUCAUAUUAAAGCAAUCUACCCCCCACCGAAUCUUAGGUGAAAAUUCCACUGGUAGCGCCUCCGGCGUUUCAAAGGAAGGGAUCACUAUGAAUACUUUUCCUUCAAAAGACUCACCCCCACCGGCAAUCUCUCAAUGCAUAUCAAUUUCAGGGUAUUCCAGUAGACCUGAUAGCACAUCUUUUAAGGGUGCACGUAGCGGCAUACCUGGUGGGGAACUACCAGAUGACGACGAUGCCUAUAACAGCAGUCGGUGGGUUAGCAAUUUUGAACUCAAAGCGGACUUCGCUAAACGACAUCAGGUGAUGGCUGUGAUGUGGGGGACCGGCACCACUGCAAAGAUGUUGGAGUACGGAUCAGGUCAAUCUAAAGGCUUUGCAUCGGUAGCAGCUUCUCUUUUAGACCUUUCCGCGCCGCCGUGCUCCGUUGACGAGGAAUUCCAACGAUCUUCCAUGAUGCCAACCAACCAACUGGUACCACCUUCGCAACAAAAGGGAGGAAACGCACUGCAACAUAUAGACCUACCAGGCCACCCUGAUCAAUUACAAUCCCAACAAGCGUCUCAUUUGAUCACACCGAAUCACACACCGAAGUGGUUUAUGUAUCUCAUAGGCGACUGGUGCUUACACAGCUCUUUAGUGUUGCACUCCCCUUACCCGUCCCUAGUGACUCUGGAUGUUCUAGAAUUUUUUCUAAACCGACGCGCACCGCUGAGUUUAUCAGUCCUCCAGCUUUUCCUGAAGGGUACGUGGUUCUCUUCGUCAGCGUCGAACGAGCAGUCCGAUGGGUGGUGGUGCCAUUCCUAUGGCCAGCACACACGUAAAGGGCAACCGCUAACUAUUCAUUAUCAAAGUCCAGCACACGGCGACACUCUUUUGCACAUUCUUGUCAUUAACAAUCAAUGCGAGCUAGCGGAGUUCUACCUCGCAUACUGUCUGUACUACUUCGUCCGGAGCGGUCUAGAUUCACCACUUCCACCAGCAUAUCGCAACUGUGUACUGGCCCUCUUUCGAGAGGUCGAAUCCAUCAAAGGAGUCAGUGUGGUACGAAAAGGGGCACAUGGUAAAGUGCCACUGCCCGUCCAUUUCCUGCAAGCAAUGCUCCGCCGUAAUGCGCACGGGCUCACCCCAAUCGACUACGCCCAUAAUCCUGGUAUGGUUUAUCUUCUGUACAGCUACGGAUGUGUGCCGCCGACCUAUCACCUUCACCCACAGCGAUUCUCACAAUGUCUGGGGUUCAACACCUCGAGUACGAUCCCUCGCAUUGACACCGGUGAUUACACCCAUAGCGAGGGAAAGGGCCGCAGAGCGAACUUUGCUGAGGUGUCCCACACUUCCUACGGCUCGGAUGUGAGCAGGGAAUGUAAAAUGGCAUAUCUUAUCCGAGAGGAACGUAAAGGGGAUUUCUUCCCCAUUCCUCGUCUUGUUUUGAUUUCAGAGGAUCUCUUGUCGUACCAUGAUAAUCCCAGUUCGGAGAUUUUCAAUGACCUUACCAAUGACAUGCAGGGCAGUAACUCUUCUGUGAUGGAGACGUCUAGGCAAUAUUCUCGGUUCAACAAAAAUGCAUCAGGGGGGAACACCACCCGGGCCGCAUCCUUGAGUGUGACACGUGCACAAACAGAGGUAUCAGAUUCCACGCUUCUUCGCUCCUUGCUUGCGUCGCAGCGUCUAACUAAUGAUUUCAUGAAAUUAAUUAUUCCAAGCGAUAAUGUGAGUCUACUGCACAUUGGUUUAUGCUCAGGUGAUGAUGAGCUCGUUCGAGAGUACUGUGCCCUUAGAAAGCGUGCUUUUGAUAGUAAUAUGGGAGAUUGCAAUGCAAUAGAAAAAUCUUUAAACAGUAUGCAUUCUUCAAAAGUUGUUAUUGGUGAAUCAAAGGUGACAACAAACGCGGCAGGCCAUGAUGUGGCACAGCCCCCACCCAUCAAUAGGAUACUUUACUUCCUUCCACCGCUAUCUGGUAUGGAAUCGUAUUUGAAGCUAAAGACCUCCGUUUCCAAUUCAGCGUUAAAUGGUUGUGAAAACAACGAGAUUGGCGAGAUGACUGACUCCAUGGAAUCGAAAAGACGAAUAUCAGUUGGGCGCAAAAUGAGUAAAAGGUAUAGCCAGCUUUAUGAAAGAAGAGCGACAGUCUCAACCACCACCAAUCCCAAGGCAGGUAGCAUUCAAUUUCACUCCAAUGAAAAUUCUAAGCACGCUUCAUGCAUCUUACCAGACUUCCUCAAUUCAUUGGAAAAGCACUCAUUUAUAGUGUAUCCUUUAUCCCUCCAGCUUGUGCAUUCAUCGUUUGCGAACGUCCUGAGCAGCCCCCAAAGACCUGGCUCUAAGCGGAAGCCCAAAGCCACAUCCUCCAAUAUAUUUUUCUCAAAAAUACAGUCGGUUUAUCGUAACCUGAUGCUCCUGUCUACCGCUGAGGAGGGGAAGAGCCUGUUACACAAGCCGGAGCGAGGCCCCGUGGAGGGGGCCUCAUUGCUGAUUGCGCUGACCCCCAUGCAGCUGGCCAUGGCCUCUGGGGCCAUCAGGAGGGCUACGACAGCCGCCCCGGCAAGCCCCCGUGAGGCCGACGAGCAGCGGGGCCACUCUAGCUCGUCCUUUGGCACUCCUUCACAGCAGUAUCAGAGCGUCCUUCUGCGGCCUUUGACCUCGCGGGAGAAGUCCCGCCGCGCUGUUGGGGAGGGAGGAGGAGGACAGGUCGUUUCGGCGACGGUGCAACCCCCGCCCUUUUCCCCGCAUGCAGGGGCCGAUGUGGCCGCCGCGCUGGACUUGUGGACUGCAAACGAGCGGACAAAGCUCAGCCGCGGACGCACGGCGGCGGGACGACAUCCGCCUCCCACCACCGCAUCGGCUGACGGGGAUGGCAGCACCGUGGGGUCGAUAGCCCCGAAAGGGGGUGUUACCGUUGCGGAGCAGCAGCGGCUUAUGGGUCUACUUCUGCGCGAGCUUGAUCGUUGCUUGGGCGUUGAACGAAUUAAAAAGGAUGUGGAGUUGGCUAUAUGUCCCAACUAUGAUAUCGAUACGGUGGGAGACGCCGUCGCGGCGGCGCGCAAACUAAAAACAAAAAGGGAUUCACAUCAUAAAAGUCGGUAA